AUGGAAGUGGACAAAGAUCUGCCAUUUGAAACUCUGUUGAAACUUGAAAAUCAAUUGGGAUCGAAAACAUUUCAUGAAGCUCACAUGAAAAAAUCUGAGAAAAGUUUACUUCCAAAGAGAAAACAAAAUACAAAUCGUGAAGAUGACAGUGAUGAAGCUCCCGAAGAAUUCUCAUCAAAGCAUCCUCCAAAGCAGAAGUUCAUCAAAUCAUUUAAGCAGCCGAAACAAACUCCAGCAAUCGAUCCAAGAUUUAAUCCACGUUCAGGAACUUUCAAAGCUGAUCAUUUCAGAAGAAACUUCCAGUUUGCAUUUGAUUUGAAAGAUCAAGAACUUGACACACUUAAGAAUUCAACCCAUUCAAUGAGUAACUCAGAGGAAAAAGAAAAAGUUAAAUAUCUUAUACAACGAAGGGAUAAUCAAAAACGCGAGCAACUGAAGAAACUCAACAAACCUAAACCAAUAAUAAAUAAAGACGGAUACAAAUACUAUCCAAGCAAAAAAGAAAUUGUUGCACAAGAACUUGUAACAAAAUAUGAUGAGCUGAAGGGUUCUGGUAAACUUCAAUCUUAUCUCGAGAAGCGUCGAAAGAAACAAGCUGGAAAAGAACGCAAAAAAAUGGGCAUAGAGAAAUAA